UUUGCUUUUUUUUUUUUUUUUUUUUUUUUUUUUUCCCUUUGCCGGAGUCGAGCGGGUGCUGCUAGCGGAGGCGCCAUAUUGGAAGGGACAAAACUCCGGCGACAGCGAGUGACACAAAUAAACCCCUGGACCCGUUCGUCUCCGCAUCAGUCAGGGCCGCGAUGUUGUAUCUAGAGGACUAUUUGGAAAUGAUUGAGCAGCUGCCGAUGGACCUGCGGGACCGCUUCACGGAGAUGCGCGAGAUGGAUCUGCAGGUGCAGAAUGCAAUGGAUCAACUAGAGCAAAGAGUCAGUGAAUUUUUUAUGAAUGCAAAGAAGAAUAAACCGGAGUGGCGAGAGGAGCAGAUGGCAUCCAUUAAAAAAGACUACUAUAAGGCUUUGGAAGAUGCAGAUGAGAAAGUACAGUUGGCAAACCAAAUUUAUGAUUUGGUAGAUCGCCACUUGAGAAAGCUGGACCAGGAACUGGCUAAGUUUAAAAUGGAGCUGGAAGCGGAUAAUGCUGGAAUUACGGAGAUACUAGAGAGGCGAUCUUUGGAAUUAGAUGCUCCUUCCCAGCCAGUGAACAAUCACCACGCUCAUUCACACACUCCUGUGGAAAAAAGGAAAUAUAAUCCAACUUCUCACCAUACAGCAACAGAUCAUAUUCCUGAAAAAAAAUUCAAAUCUGAGGCUCUCCUGUCUACCCUUACAUCUGAUGCUUCUAAGGAGAACACACUGGGUUGUCGAAAUAAUAAUUCUACAGCUUCCUCCAACAAUGCUUACAAUGUGAAUUCAUCCCAACCCCUGGCAUCCUAUAAUAUUGGCUCCUUAUCUUCAGGGACUGGCGCAGGGGCAAUCACCAUGGCAGCAGCUCAGGCAGUGCAAGCAACAGCACAGAUGAAAGAAGGACGAAGAACAUCAAGUUUAAAAGCCAGUUAUGAAGCAUUUAAGAAUAAUGACUUUCAGCUGGGAAAAGAAUUUUCAAUGCCCCGAGAAACAGCUGGCUAUUCCUCCUCGUCGGCACUCAUGACAACCUUAACCCAGAAUGCCAGUUCCUCAGCAGCCGACUCACGCAGUGGCAGAAAGAGCAAAAACAACACCAAGUCUUCAAGCCAGCAGUCCUCCUCUUCCUCUUCCUCCUCUUCCUCCUUAUCUUUGUGUUCGUCAUCAUCAACUGUCGUACAAGAAGUUUCCCAGCAAACAACAGUAGUGCCCGAAUCUGAUUCCAACAGUCAAGUUGAUUGGACUUACGACCCAAAUGAACCUCGAUACUGCAUCUGUAAUCAGGUAUCCUAUGGCGAGAUGGUGGGAUGUGAUAACCAAGAUUGUCCAAUAGAGUGGUUCCACUAUGGGUGUGUUGGCUUGACAGAAGCGCCCAAGGGCAAGUGGUAUUGCCCACAGUGCACCGCGGCCAUGAAGAGAAGAGGCAGUCGGCACAAAUAGAGAUGCUUCGCCGCAGGGUGGAAGGGCUUCAGCUCGGCGUUUUAUACAGGACUCCAGAAAGAAAGACACGAGAACGAAGAAACAACUCAUUUCCAGGCAACCACUUAGAGGAUUCACAUAGACAAUCCUAUAAGAUCUUGAACUUGAAUUUUAUGAGUUGUAUUUUAAUAAUGUAAGUAAAUUAUUUAUGCACUCCUGGUGUGCUAUGAAUAUUAUUCCAGUUAGCCUUGGAUUAUUUCUGUGGCCAACAUAUGCAGACAUUUGUACUCCUCAACCAUUUUCUCAAAGUAAUGGGCAUUCUAUAAUUUAAACUUCAAAGAAUUCCAACGAUGAAGAUUUUAAGAAAGUAUUUUAUAUCCAACAGGUAUAUUCUGCUGCAUGUACUGUACUCCAGAACUGUUAUGUUACACUGUAUAUAAAUGGUUGCAAAAAACAAAACAAAAACAAAAAUAUGUCAGUCCUUCUAAAAAGGAUUUAAGAUAAUGGUUUUUAAGAUGCCUUUAUAAGCUUUGUUUCUUUGUGAAACUCAUUCAGCAGGCUGAAGGAAUUGGGUCAUGUGAUGAAGUGGGCUGGUGUCCUCUAGAGUACCUGGGUACAUAACAGAAACUCCUGUAGGUGAAACCUGAUUCGUGCCAUUAGUCUAUAUGUCUCUGCAUCCAGAUAGAGUGCAGCUCAAGAGGGUGGGGGUGGGGGUCUCUGGGGGAAAGGGCGUUAAAGUGAUACAUUUUUAUACCAAAUGUGUUUAUUUUUUUGUGCGAGUAAUCCUUAAAUUGGAAUUGUAUUAGGUGUUAAAAUAAAGUUUUUAAAAAAAUAACUUGUAUUUAUACUUUACACAUUUAAUUAUGAAAAUUUCUUAAUUGCAAUUUAUUUCUAAUUUUCAUACUCAAAAAUAUUAGACGUUGGCAUGCAGAAUGCUAUGUAAUCUAUGAUUUCUAUAAUAACGGUUGGAAAUUGUGUUAUGAGAAUAAGGGAAGGGCAUUUUAAAUGUAAAUUUGAAGUGUCAAAUGUAUUUUUCUACAUCAUUUCUCGGCUUUGGCUCUAAGGACAUAAAAGGAACGUAAUUACAGCAGAUACAAUGAAAAUACUGGCUGUAGAUCUUUGGACUGGCAGCACUGUGGUCAGUAUGACUACAGAGACCUGAAAAUUUGGCUCCAUUUUUAAUUCUGUGGCGUAGUUAUGUGGCAGUUAAUUCAAGUCUUAAGUCACUCUGGGCUUUGUGAAACCAAAGUAAUGCCGCUUGCGGGAUGUCUUCAAAGCACUCCCAAGGUCUCGUUCUAUAGGUGCUAUUUAGAUGAUGGACUCUGCAUAGUAAAGGGUUUGUUUGAAAUAUGUUCAGUAGAUGGGUGGAAAAACUGUUGAAACUUCAAAGAUGGUUAUUAUAGCAUACUUCUUUUAUAUUGAAAUGUACGAAAUCCAUCAGAUUUGUGCUUUAAUGAAGCCCGUUUAUGAAUCUUUUAGAGCUUACUCGAAAGGCAGUGUUAAAUAUGUGUAGUGCUACCUAAAGGAUAUUGAUGGAUUGUAGGAGCCUCGCCCAGCUGUAAGUUCCGGGAGUGCCGAGCGGCCAUAGGUUACCUUUAUAACUGUUGUCAGCCCUGAAGACAGGCUCAUCUGGGCCCUGGGAUUUAAUAUCUUCAAGGAUGUGAUAGUGUUCUCAUGAAGCUUUUGUAAUCCUUUGAGCACUGUGUACAGCUGUGCUCUAUUAGCCCAGUCCUGUGCUAUCUGGAGAUGCUUAGCUGAAAGGCAUUUCAUUCUGUAGUCACACUGUGAGUCUUCUAGACUCCGUCGCUCUUAGAGCUGGCGCGAGGACAUCGCCGUAUUUUGCGAGAGCGUUCCUUGUGAAGUCGGGAGCACCCCUGCCUUCAGCUGGAACAGAUCCUCUUCCUUUCUAAGUUCUAGUUACUGAGUCUCUUAGAAAUCACGGUAGCAAGCUCUGAGCUCAAACACUGACUCUCCUAUGAACUAUAUAAGGAAAUACACCAAAAUUUUACAUUAAA